CUUUUCCUUUACUGUUUCUCUCUCUCUCUCUCUCUCUCUCUCUCUCUGGUUUCCUCCAUUGCAACCCAAGCUUCCUUUCCAGCUUGCUGAGGCCCCUCUCCUUCACACAGACAUAAACACCCACCAACCAUUUUACCCACCUUUUCUUUCUUUACCCUCUAAAAUCCCACUCCAUUUCACACACACAAAUUCCCUCCUUCCCUCUCUCUCUCUCUCUCCCCCCCCCUUCCCCCACAUUUUCCCUUCAAAGAUUAGAUUUUUGUCUGUCCUUCCCUCUCCUCCUCCUCUCUUUUCUUCCCCAUUUUUUUUCUCAAACUUCUAUGGUUUUCUGAAUUCUUUUGGCCCACUUGAAGGCCACAUCCAUCCUCUGUCUCUACUUGCAAACUAAUCCUCUGGAAAUCCUUUGCCUUUUUGGACUUCUGGGUUUUGGUGGGUUUGUUGUGUUAUUUUUCAGGUCUGCAUUGGCCUCUCUAUGCCCAUUGGGUCUCUCUUGGUUAAAAAGGUAGCUCCUUCUCUGCUCCUCUGGCUGCUCAAGGAAGAAGAUCAAGGGGGUUAGCUUAGAUCGCUGCAAAGUGCAAAGGUUGGAAUGUCUUGAUUUUCUUCUAGGCACUGAAAGUCAGAACACCAAGCCAGAUUUGAUAUAUAGCAUCCGGAGGAGGAUAAGAAUGUCAUCCGGGAGUUCUUUGAAUGUGGAAUUAUCGAAGAAGAUAGGAUUUUUGGGUUUGAAACUAUGGGUUGUGAUCGGUAUAUGUGUUGGUGCAUUUAUUGUUUCGAUCCUAUGUUUCUUAUCUAUAUGGGUUUCAUUUCGGCGGAAGUCUCGACGAUCAGUGGACAAGUUCCCAGUCACCCAAAUACCAAAUGUCUCUAAAGAUAUCAACAUUGAUAAGAUGGGGGCUCAGGGUACCCAUGAUCACCCUGAUAAUUUAUUUCGUUCAGAACAUGAUAAAGCAAGUGAUAAGAAAUCAGAGAAGAUGUUAGUUCAUUUAGGCACGAGCAAAUCGAGUGAUCCUGAUAACAUGAGUCAGUGCAGCUCAAUUUAUCAUCAUGAGAGAGCACUUAGUUCGCAGUCAGGGGAAGAAGGAAGCUCUGGGACUGGGCGAAAGCAGUCGUCAUUAUCAUAUGGAGGACCUAUUACAGCCUCUCCUUUGAUUGGCCUGCCUGAAGGUUCUCAUCUUGGAUGGGGCCACUGGUUUACUCUUAGAGAUCUGCAAUUUGCUACAAAUCGUUUUUCUGCAGAAAAUGUGCUUGGCGAGGGUGGAUAUGGGGUUGUUUACAAGGCCAGGCUGAUCAAUGGAACUGAGGUGGCAGUGAAAAAGCUCUUAAAUAACUUGGGGCAGGCAGAGAAAGAAUUUAGGGUUGAAGUGGAGGCCAUUGGUAAUGUUCGGCAUAAGAAUCUUGUGCGGCUCUUGGGUUACUGCAUAGAAGGUGUUCACAGGAUGCUGGUGUAUGAAUAUGUGAACAAUGGAAACCUAGAACAAUGGCUACAUGGGGCCAUGCGUCAUCAUGGAACCCUUACUUGGGAGGCUCGCAUGAAGGUGAUUCUUGGUACUGCUAAAGCGCUUUCUUAUCUACAUGAAGCUAUAGAACCAAAAGUUGUCCACAGAGAUAUUAAAUCCAGCAACAUUUUGAUUGAUGACGAGUUCAAUGCCAAGGUUUCUGAUUUUGGAUUGGCCAAACUCUUGGGUUCUGGAGAAAGUCACAUCACGACUAGAGUCAUGGGGACUUUUGGUUAUGUGGCACCAGAAUAUGCUAAUACUGGCUUGUUAAAUGAGAAGAGCGACAUCUACAGCUUUGGAGUCCUCCUGCUUGAGGCAGUUACAGGAAGGGAUCCUGUAGACUAUGGCCGACCUGCUAAUGAGGUCAAUCUAGUUGAGUGGCUCAAAUUGAUGGUAGGUGCAAAAAGAGCAGAGGAAGUUGUGGAUCCAAACCUUGAAGUUAAACCCAGUACGCGUGCUUUAAAACGCGCCCUUUUAGUUGCACUUCGGUGUGUUGAUCAUGAUUCAGAGAACAGACCAAAAAUGGGCCAGGUUGUGCGUAUGCUCGAAGCUGAUGAACACCCAUUUCGUGAGGAUCGAAGGAACAGAAAGAGUCGUACAACCAGCAUGGAUAUGGAAUCUGCGAAGGAAAGUUCUGCCUCAGCUGACAUAGAAAAGAAGGCAGGGGAUCUGGAGAGCCAAAUAUCCAAGACAAGUCAUGAAUAGGACUGACAAACGCGUGAGCUUGGUGAACAAUAUUCCUUCCUCACCUCCCAGAGUAGCUUUCAGUAACCCGUCGACAGUAUACAAUCUCAGUUUCUUUCCAACAAAAUUUCUAAAAAAAUCUAAGAGAGGAUUCGGAUUGGAGAUAGCGCAUUUUGAUCCUUAACCAUUCAAUCCCGGUCCUUGAAGAACGAAAGAGGUGCUCCCAACUCCAUAAUUUGGGAAUUUUCAGAGAGAGAGAGAGAGAGAGGUAGACUCUUGUUGUACAUAUGUUGCUUGGGGACCAGUGGGGUUUCUCUUCAGAUGGUGAAAUGACUCCUCCUAUUGUUUUUAUUUAUUUUUUCAUUAUUUAUGUUUUUUAAGUUAUCAUUUUUCUGUCAGAAAAACAAAGCAUUGGAUUAAUGUUGAUGAAGAUUCUCUUUUUCCCCUUAUGCA